UCUCGGAAUUCAUCCUUUGAUUUUUUUUUUUUAUUUUAUUAUUAUUGUUGUUAUUUUUUUUUUUGUUUUUUUUUUUGUUUUUUACAAUGUCGUCAGACAAAAUACAAUGUGCUGGAUGCCUUAAAUUAAUUGAAAACAAGAGAUAUCUUUAUUGUGGUGGAUGUAAUCAACACUUUGAUUUGGAUUGCGCAAAUAUAUCCGAGCAGCGCUUUUAUAACACCUUAACGAAGGAGCAUAGAGAUGCUUGGCGGUGUGUGAUGUGUAAAAGCAGGCAACCUAAAUUCGACAAUACGAAUACUCCUGUUCGAGCAGCAGUAGAUGGUGUUACUGUGCAGCGCGGAGGAGCAGUUCCGGGCUCACCCUUGCAUAUGGAUAUUUCUCUGGCAGAGCAGUCAAUAUUAAAUGAUACCACUCCAAAUACCACCAGCGAAAUAACGGAUAUACAAGCGCUUACUAUGGAGAUACGUCUUUUUAGAGAUGAAAUGAAGUCGACACGGGCUCAGUUAAAAACUUUAAAUGAGACAUUGACUGCAAUCUCAAGUAGAGUUAGUGCAUGCGAGAGUCGUAUGGAUAAGAUAGACGAAUGCAUUAAUAGCUUGGAGAAUCGGAUGGGCAAUAUGUCCGGUGUGCAGCAAUGUGACACAUCACUUCUCGCUUCUAUUAACGAGUUAAAAAUGGACAUCAACGAUAGAGAUCAAGAUCUUUUAUUAAACGAUAUAGAAAUAUCUUGUAUUUCGGAGCAAAAAGAGGAAAGCCUGUCGCAUGUUGUUACGACUCUCGCUGUUAAGCUGGGUGUUAAUUUGUCCGAUCAGGACAUAGUGAGUGCGAGACGUGUGGGACGCAUGGCAGAGUCUCUAGAAGUGAGUUCGGAGCGCCCUCGUCCUAUUGUGGUACGACUGGCGCGCCGUGCUACCCGUGAUCAGCUGCUACAGGCUGCGCGGGUACGCCGCGGUGCCACCACGGAAGGAACAGGGCUGCCGGGCGUACCGCGUCGCUUUUAUGUAAAUGAGAGGUUGACAAAGGUUAACAGACAACUAUUUCGACGCGCACGGACUUUUUGUAAUCAGUAUAAAUGGCGCUACGUGUGGACAAAGGAAGGCAGGAUAUAUGUACGGCAAUAUCACGAUAAAGGUUCUCCACGUUUGCGUUUGCGGACGGACGAUGAUUUUGUUCGAGUUUUUGGUCCGGAAGCGGUUCGCUCUAUUUUUUAAAUCUCUACGUUACACAUAU